UAAACAAUUGCCCGUGAGAGUUGGCACUGUCAGGGAUGCCGGCAUGGUAUGGUAAUGCCAUUGCAGUGUAUUGCUGGUGAUGUGUGCUUGCUGUGAAGAAGAACCUGAUCGAUCAGCCCCGGAGCCCCCUUCCUCUUUACGCUUGCUGUGAGAGAGAGAGGGUAGUACUCGUAGGAAGUAAGUAAACAAAAGCAAAGGUAAACAGCAUGAUUAAAGGGCUGUUAAGAAAGAUAAAGCGAGGCGGAAGCGAGACACUUAAAAAUAAGGUCCAUCAAGGUUAAACAACGCCGGCCAUGGUGGUGGUGAUUAGGAGGAGUAAAGCGGCUGCCUGCAACUCCUGCAGCUAAUCCUCGCCGUGGCUGGCUCACCAUGCAUGGUGGUAGUGGUAUCACUACUGGUGAAACUACAACAGCUACUGAACAACUGCUAGUAGACCUAUAAAUCUGACAAGCCUUUGCCUACAAGCCCCUCUCUCCCUCUCUCUCUCUCUCUCUCUCUCUCUCUCUCGUAUAUAGUCUAUGCUCUCCCCACUUUCGUAGCUAGCUCUUCUUCCUAUGCCCCUCGCCGGAACAGAUAGCAUCAGAAUCUCCAGUGGCUGGCUAGGCAUCUUUCCUUUUCCUGCCAUAGGCCGUGACGAGAGCUUCUUGCUUGCGUGCUUGCUCCGGCUAUCAUAUUGCCUGCCUAUGAAGCUCUCUGGCCAAUGGACGGAGGAGCAGAGCUACUUCUUCCUCGCUAGCCUUUCUCGUCUCUGAUUCGUCCAUUGACCUUCGGUGAGCUCGGCCACUUCUGCGCUCCCGGCCCCCGCGACUUGUCGCGUCUACUCUUGUGUGACUGCUACUACAAGCAACCUGCAAGCGAUGGACAUGAACGAGAGCGGCGAGAAAGGGAUGGAGGGCAACGCGUCGUCCGGCGCCGCCGGCAUCCCGGUGGAGUGGCAGACCCAAUUCAGCGCCGCCGCCUUCUCGUGCGCGCCGCCGCAGCAGCAGCAGGUUCCAAUGAUGGACUCCGCCUUCGCGUCCGCCGCCGGCCUGUGGGCGUCCACCUCCCAGGCCAUGGCGCUCUCCGACGUCGGCGCCAUGUCGGCCGCGCGGGGCGGUGGCGGCUUCUUGGCGCCGGUCCCCGGUUUCCUCCCUCAGGGCCUCGGCCAUUUCCCCGUCGACUCCGGCUUCAUCGAGCGCGCCGCGCGGGCGUCCUGCUUCGGCGGCGGCGGCGGGGUGAUGGGUGCUACCGCUGGCUACGGCACAGCUGAUCAUCAGACCAUGAACAACGCGUUCAGUGGCUCCUCAGAGGCGCUGUUGGAUCACCAGAGGAAGGACGGCAACGACAAGGGCGAGCCGGAGCUCGGCCGGAACGGCCACGACGGGGUGCUGAGCUCGGAGGCUGCUGCUGGGGACUGCUCGUCCAAGGGGACCUCGGACUCCAAGAAGAGGAGAAGGCCUAACGAGGUGAUGGGAGGCGAUCAGGUUCAGUCGGCCAACCUGCCCGCGGACUCGGCAAACGAGAGCGUGCACAGCAAGGACAAAGGCGAGGAGAGCAGCCCGGCAACGACCACCGGACCCGGAAAGUCGAAAGGGAAGGGGGCGAAAGAGACCUCCGAGUCUCAGAAGGAAGACUACAUUCAUGUCCGAGCUCGGCGCGGACAGGCAACCAACAGCCACAGCCUAGCAGAAAGGUUGAGGAGGGAGAAGAUUAGCGAGAGGAUGAAGCUUCUGCAGGACCUUGUUCCUGGCUGCAGCAAAGUCACUGGGAAAGCGGUAAUGCUUGACGAGAUCAUCAACUAUGUUCAGUCCCUGCAAAGACAAGUUGAGUUCUUAUCGAUGAAGCUCGCAACAGUAAACCCAAGGCUUGACCUCAAUAUAGAAGGGCUUCUAUCGAAAGAUCUUCUUCGCUUCCCUGGUGUUCCUUCUUCUUCCCUUGGAUUUUCCCCAGAAAUGAUGCACCCACAAUUACAGCUAUCGCAACCAGGCCUGAUUCAGGGGGGCGCUGCUGGCAUGGCCAAUCCGGACGUAUUCAGGAGAAUCAUGCAGGCACAAUUGAGUGCAAAAGACGGGUCUCAGAUGUCCCACGCAUUGAAUGGAGGGUCAUUCAGCGAGGUUGCGCAGAUGGCGUACCCGUCGCUGGGGUCCCAGGACUUGAGCAUCAGGCCGUCGCAGGACGGGUUUCAAAUGUGACUGAACAUGCCAGUUGCACAUAGUAAAGAGCAAAGGCUUCCUUCCAUCUGAUCGGCGAACAUGCAGGUGCGCAGGGCCGCAUAACUGAUGCUGCUACUGCUGGGAGCAUGCAGCAGCGCUCGGCUGUGCUGCAUCGCCAUCGCCCAGGUUUUUAUUGUGUUCAUCAGAGGGAACUGAGAAAAAGCUCGUGGAGCCCCCCAGUCCGUCCCCCACCCCACGGAAGCAAGCGCUGGACGGAUGGAUGAGAGCCUGGAUGGCUGGAAAUUCUGUCUGUUUGGGUGGUCGCAUGCAUUCAUGGUCAUGGCUGGCGCGCAGUGCAGUAACAGUGAGCUGUGUGUUGGUAGCGAGCAAAUGAGCUGCUGCUGCAGGGUGUAAUGCGAGGAGCCUUGUUUUGUUAGUAGUUUCAGUGCUUUUGUUUGCAUAAUAGUUUAAGAGUCCAAGAAACACUCUUAAAAUUGGGGGGGCGGUCCGGCGAUGGUUAUGUUGAAACAUCAUACGUUUGGCAAAUUCUCCUUGUGCCACAAAUCAAAGAAGGAUGCUACAUCGAUCAUGCAUAUUCA